UCGACAUUUUUAUCUACUUAGGUUGGCCAUUUCUCACCUCUCCAAAUCAACACACGCAUUCUUGUACACUGUUUGUGCACCCAAAUACUACACCAAUUAUAAAGAUUACUAUUCUAUUGUAGACUUGUAGUUGUAGCUUCCUAAGAGAGGAGAAAGAGCAGAAAUGCUAAGCAGCCUUAUAGUUUAAGACCACAGAGUUAGAUUCCUUCUGGUUUUGUUUCUUUUCAUAUACAAGAAAAAUCAAGAAAAUACAUAUGCGAAUCCAUCGAUUAUAAGUAUUUACUGGUCAGAUGUAUUAAUUUUCCAGGUGGGAUUUAGCUAUUUCAGGGCUGUUUUCCGCCACCUGUUGGAUUCAGUUCUAGGGCUUUAAUGAGGUUGCUCCUCCUUUUUGUCUGAAUUCACCUAAAGAAAACAAUCAUGUUUCCAAUGGUGAUUCCAAAUUCAAGCGAAGAAGGCACCAAUUCUUCAAGAAUCCAUCAAUCUGAUUUGGGCACCCUAAAUUCAAUGCUCCAGAAUUCCAACGCCAUCACCACUCCUCAGAUGAAAAUCAAGAAGAAAAGAAACCUCCCUGGCAACCCAGACCCUGAUGCUGAGGUGAUUGCGUUGUCUCCGAAAACCCUGAUGACAGCGAACCGAUUCGUGUGCGAGAUCUGCAACAAGGGUUUUCAGAGGGAUCAGAACCUUCAGCUCCACCGGAGAGGGCACAAUCUGCCGUGGAAGCUGAAGCAGAGGAGCAGCAAGGAGAAUCGGAAGAGGGCUUAUGUCUGCCCGGAGCCGUCGUGCCUCCACCACCACCCUUCUCGGGCGCUGGGCGACCUCACCGGAAUCAAGAAGCACUACUGCCGGAAACACGGCGAGAAGAAGUGGAAGUGCGACAAAUGCUCCAAGAUCUACGCCGUUCAAUCCGAUUGGAAAGCCCACUCCAAAACUUGUGGAACUCGAGAGUAUCGAUGUGAUUGUGGAACCCUCUUCUCCAGGAAGGAUAGCUUCAUUACCCACAGGGCAUUUUGUGAUGCAUUGGCUGAAGAAAGUGCAAGACUCUCAGCUGCCACAAACUCAUUAAUCUUGCCUCAACAAAACCCUAAUUUCAGUACCACCACCCUACCAUAUCUCUUCAGCCCCCAAAACCUCCUCCCAUUCCGCAACCCGUGGGGCCCUCCUUCCCAAAACCCUAACCCCAUCAAUCUCUCAUCGCCACUCUACCAAGAGAACCGGAGCUUGAUCAUAUCGUCGUCUCCCUUCGGAAACUCCCAGGCCGGGGCGGCUCCUCUCUCGGCCACCGCGCUCCUCCAGAAGGCGGCCACGAUGGGGGCAACGGGCAAUGUGGGCUCCACCAUGGCCCAGCUCGACAUGCACAAGACUAGCGACGGAUUGACCAGGGAUUUUCUAGGGCUGACCGGAGACCAAUGCAGCGGCGGCGGAUUGAGGGAGCUGCAGCUGCCGCUGGUGAAAGUAUCGGCGUUUGAACGCGAUCACAACUCUGUGUUGAAGCAGCAUGGAUUCGGGUUCACUGAAACCUGCUCCGGGUGGGGCAAUUGCUAGAGAGGAAGUGUCUCCUUUGUUUAGUAGUACAAACCCAAAAGGAGGGAAACUACAAGAGAGCUCGUUUAUGAUUGUGUUUUCAAUUCAAAUCAUGCAUGGUUUCUUUUGUGUGUUAAAUGUGGAUUAUCUGUUACCGAGAAUAAUAAAUUAUCUGCGGAUCUUUUACAAGUUGUGGGACUGAUUAAUUUCUUGCUUAGUUU